CAAACAAACAUAUUAUUAUUACAACUGACAGGUAUGUUUUCAACGAGAUCGAUUGAUUUUUACAUUGCAGCGGAUGCAUUUUGAAUCGAUAAAAAGUGUUAAAAUCAUCGCCUUAUAUAUGAAUCGUGAAGUGACUUUACUCUGUGAAACAUAUCUUAAAUAAAAACAUCCAUUUGGUGACACAAAACCGAGUUUUAAGAACAACAAGUGACUAAAACUAACUAACGAGGUGGUUUUUUAAAUAUAAGUUUUCAAAGCUCUGAUGCACCGACAAUGAGUAGCCCCGCAUUAGAGGACACUGACCCUCCCAGUCCGGAGCCAGUAGCCUCUCCCACUCCAGAGCCAGUAGUCCGACCUCCCAGCCAACCGUCUGACAGUCCCUGGCCAUUAUUCGAUGAUGACGAGGACGCACCAUUCAUUCCACAACCCACCGCAAGAGAGUUCAAUGCCAUCGUUACACGAGCUCGUCACAGCUUAAGACACCAUGUGGAACCGAGUGAGGACAGCAACACAGCUUCCUCAGUCAGCGAGGAGUCCAACCACUCCCUACCAGCUCUAGCAUGGAAUAACAAUGACCAAGUUGAACCGGAGGAACCGCCAGCUAAAGUGAGGAAACUGCACAGUCCCCAGGAAGAAAUUGAUGGGGAAACAUGCCCAAUCUGCCUAGAUAUAUGGGGGAACUCCGGGCAACACAGACUAGUUGCUCUAAAAUGUGGCCACCUCUUCGGAGCUGAGUGUGUAGAGAGAUGGCUGAAAGCACAGCCGGCUAAAGACAAAACCUGCCCGACAUGCAAAAGUAAAGCGUCGCUCAAGGACCUAAGGUUCAUUUACGCAAGGAAGCUCAUAGCCGCUGAUACGACACAGAUCACUAGUCUGCAGAAACAGGUGGAUAUACUCCAGACGGAGAAGAGCAGGACAGAGCUAGAGCUGCAGAAGACGAAGAUAGCCCAUCGCGCAUGUGCAGCAGAGUUGGAGACUUUGAAGAACUCUUUGUUAAAGUCCCAGAGUAUGAAAGAACUCAUUAGCAAACGCACUUGGCGCUAUGCUCUCGAGAAGAACCUGGAGGUGUGUAAAGACGGCGGCUGUAGGGUUCUUACGUACAACUGUAGGACUUACGAGCUGUACGUGUCACAGAAGAGCAUCAACUACCUGUUCCCUGGGUAUGGAAUCAGGAAAGUCAACUGCCUAGAUUAUUCUUUAGGCCAAUUCGUCCAUUUGCAUCCAAAACCUAUCAGGGAUAUGUCGUAUUCUCAGCCGAGAGAUUUGCUCCUAAGUGUGGGCUUAGAUAGCACUGCAAGGAUCGUGGAUAGAGGAAUACCCAGCGCAACAGUGAAUACAGGAUUUCCUCUAUGGUCUUGUGCGUGGGAUUGCUCAAACACUAGCGAGUUCUACGUAGGAGGUGUGGGAGGGAUAGUGAACCUAUACGACUUUAGAAACAUGUCGUCUUGUCUCGGCACCAUCGCCUCUAAUAAAGACAUGUCGCCCGUAGUGUCUCUAUGUUCUACCCCAUACGGUCUAUUAUCGUGCCAAUUAAACAAGUGCUGGCUUUGCAUACCACGAGACGGGAUUUGGAAGCAGAAGGCAAUGCCUGUGGAAGGUUCCUUCAUGUCCAUGAGUUACGACAGCGAGACCCAAAGAGCUUUAGUUUCAGUGCGACCAAGCUCUUUAGGGACGGAGCGAUCUAAACUGGUCGUGUGCAAAUUCUCUGAAGGUUUAACUGAUAAAGUGAUGAUUGAUGUUGAAGAAACCUUUAGUGGGUCUGCUAGAGCGUCUUUGAUGUCACGGUCUACGUUUUGCAAGGCUCCAGGAGCCUCUUGGGUUGCGGCGCACUCUGAGAGUGAAUCUGCCCUCUUUUUGCACGGGUUGGAUGGAGCGAGGACCAUGUCCCUCCCGGCUGCAGAACCGGCCCUGGAUGUCUGCUCCUUAUACCUGAAUGGCAACAGUAUACUCGCAGCCCUAUCAGAGUCCAGGUUAAGAAUGUAUAGAGCUGUCCAGACCAGUGUUUAAAGACUGAUGAGGGUGACUUUGGACUGUUGUUCUGUGUGUGUGCUUUCUAGAUCUAUGGAAUUGACGCUGGACGUAUUUGUUGAAGAAUUUUAUGUUACCAUUCUGUGCUGAACCCUUAUUAUGAGAUUGCUUU